GUCUUUUAUACACUUAAAAACAUACAAAUUAAAAAAAAAAUACUAUGGUUACCCACUCAAGAGUUGCUAUUGUUGGAGCUGGAGCAGUUGGAGCUUCGCUUGCCUACGCAUUAAUGUUCAAGAACAUUUGUUCCGAAAUCUUAAUCGUUGAUAUUAACCCAGAAAUUGUUCGAGCUCAGGUACUUGAUUUAGCAGACGCAGCUUGUGUUAGUCAUACCAGCAUCCGAGCAGCCACUGCCGAAGAAGCCGGUCAAGCAGAUAUUAUUGUUAUUUCCGCUGGUGCUAAGCAAAAGGACGGUGAACCACGUACCAAACUGAUCGAACGUAAUUAUCGCGUUCUCAACAACAUUAUUGGAGGUAUGCAGCCUAUUCGACCAGAUGCUGUCAUGUUAAUGGUUGCCAACCCCGUGGAUAUUUUGACCCAUAUUGCAAGAAAAUUGUCGGGUUUGCCUCCCAACCAGGUCAUUGGGUCCGGUACUUAUUUGGACACGACUCGUCUUUGUGUUUAUUUGGGAGAGAUUUUCGAUGUCAACCCACAGUCAGUAAACGCUUUUGUACUUGGUGAACAUGGUGAUUCGCAAAUGAUUGCAUGGGAUUCUGCUACGAUUGGUGGACAGCCACUCCACACUUUUCCUCAAUGGGAAACGUUGGAUAGAGAGGCUAUUGGAAAGGCAGUGUCUGGUAAGGCAAUGGAGAUUAUUAGAUUGAAGGGAGCUACCUUCUACGGUAUUGGUGCUUGUGCUGCUGAUUUGGUUCAUACUAUCAUCUUGAACAAGAAGAUUGUUCAUCCUGUUUCCGUUUUUGUUGAGAAAUAUGGUGUUACAUUGUCUAUGCCUGCAAAGAUUGGAUGGGAAGGUGUUCAACAAGUCUAUGAAGUACCACUUGGAAAGGAAGAGGAAGAACAACUUGUACAAUCUGCUGAAGCACUGCGUGAAAUUGAAGAGCUUUAUUAGACUUGUAUUAUAUAUUUAUACCCUCCUUGUAUACACAUUUUUUGCUUAUUUACAGAUGCCGCCUCAAUAAAACGCGCGAUUUGAAAAAAUUAUCGCUUUUCAUUGUUAUAAA